GCUUCGGUAAACGUUCCCGCACGGCUGCGCAGGAACCCAAGACCCGGCACCGCAGGAAGAGCUUGAAGUGUUGGGAAAUCCUCGGGAUGAAAUGAGGAUCUUUUACCGUAUUUGCAAGAUGCACAGCACCAACCGCAGGUACCUUAUUGUGCCCAUCCUCCUGCUCUUCGUGGUUGGGGUGGGUUUGACCUUGCUGCUGCCUGGAGUGGACGAUGGGGGCCUGGGUGUCCUCAGGAGAGCCAGCCUGUCCCAGCCUCGGGGAUCUCUCUCGGACUCCUUCACCAUCAUCAUGCAGACCUACAAUCGCACUGACCUGCUGCUCAAACUGCUCAACCACUAUCAGGCCGUGCCCCACCUGCACCGAAUCAUCAUCGUGUGGAACAGUGUGGGAGAGAAGGUGCCCCAGGAGCUGUGGGACUCUCUGGAGCCGCACCCUGUGCCUGUGGUUUUUAAGGAGCAGGCUGUGAACCUCAUGCGCAACAGGCUGCAACGCUUCCCAGAGCAGGAGACUGAAGCUGUGCUAAUGCUGGAUGAUGACACCCUGAUCAGCGCUCCAGACAUCAGCUUUGCCUUUUCUGUCUGGAAGCAAUUCCCCAACCAAAUUGUGGGUUUCGUGCCCCGCAAGCACGUCCUGACGCCCUCGGGGGUGUACAGUUAUGGCAGCUUCGAGCUGCAGGACCCUGAGGCCGGCAGUGGGGACAGAUAUUCUAUGGUGUUAGUCGGAGCAGCAUUCUUCCACCAGAGCUACCUGGACGCCUUCCAGAGGCAGCCGGCUGAGGUGCUCCGCCUGAUCGACGAGACGCAGAACUGCGACGAUAUUGCCAUGAACUUCAUGGUGUCCCAGAUCACCCACAAGCCAGCAGGGGUGUUUGUGAAGCCCGUGGACAUUCGCAACUUGGAGCGGGACGCUAGCAGCGGGUACCUGGGCAUGUGGCACCGGGCAGAGCACCUCCUGCAGCGCUCCUUCUGCCUCAACCGCCUGGUGCAGAUCUACGGCGGCAUGCCAUUGCGCUACUCCAACCUCAUGAUCUCACAGUUCGGCUUCCCCAGCUAUGCCAACCACAAGGACAGGCAUUGAGCCUUUCAGAGUGGCCUGGAGUCUGCUCUCUGUGUGACAGGCUUCUUAGAUGGCCUUUUCUACAUGGAUUUCUUUUGGUAUUACUGAGAUCAGCCCUGGUGGUCCUGCUCAGUUGACAGGAGCCUUACCUACACAAUGUGAAGCAGUUGUAGUCUGAGGCAGUCCUCAUUUUUUUAAAGCUGCAUGCACCUAGAAUUGCUCUGAUCUGUAUUUACAUUGAACAAACCCAGUUGGUCUAAUAGUGGAUGAUCAGUCUGGAUGUUUUCUAGAUGCCUUAUCUAAAUGUUGAUCAGAAUAGGAGCUUCCCAUAUUGUGUUUCUUCAGGGGUUGAAGCCUUUGACAUUUCCACAGACCAAUAACAAAUGCUUUGGUUAUCAUGAGUAAUAGAUUUUCAAUGAGGCACAUUUUUCCCAUAAUUAUCCCCCUGAAUUAGAAAUAAAGCUGUGUGAAUGACUUUUACUUCCUAGAUAAGAAUUAAGAAUUUACAGUAGCAACAAGCAAUUUUCCACUCAUUGUUUUCUCAGUCUUGAACUUAUUUUUCUCAUUUCACUCAUCAGUUAAGUUUUUUAAAAUGUUUUAUGGUCCUUUAUGUUUUGCAGUCCAUUGUGAUCCUGGAAGAAGCAUUUAGAAAAUGGAUGAAUGAUCCUUUAUGUGGACUUAGAAAAAAACAGGAGUUAAAUCCUUAACCUAGAUGCACCUUUUGUUUCUUAACAGCAGAGGGCACUCCAACCACACUCCUCUGUCCCCAGAUCUGCACAGGUUGCUCAUCCUAGUCUUGUUUCAUAGCCUUGAAAAUCUGCACCCAGAUCUAUAGAGUCAAAUCAGUGAGGGAAAGGUGAGUGAAAACAAGUCAAUUUUUUUAAAGCAGGACUAGAUGAUCCAGUGAGUGAGAAAUGUUCUUGUUCCAGGGGUUUCUGGUUUGAGUCUACGCUCUGCCACAGGCUUGCUGUGUCUCUAGAUGACUAAAUCACUGUGCUAACCUUCAGAUAAAAUAGAAGUGUGAUGUCCUACUGUCGGUCACUCUGAAGCUGACAUCACACUUCACUCUUUCGUUGCUAGAUGCCUCUUCGAGUAUAAAAGAAUAUUAUUCUUUAUUUUAUGCAAGCUCUUUCACUGUUUUACACGGAAAUGAAGUAGUACUCUCUUAUAUUUUAAUCUAUAAUUACUGUGCUUUGCACUCUAAGGAGGAACUGUAACUCUGGAAUGUCUACUGUAUGACAUUUCAGUGUAUAAUACUUUAUUGCCUCUGCUGCUCAGUCUGAUCACUUUGCUGGAAUCCCCAAAGAUGCAUUGAAAUUCAUACUGGCUCAAGAAAACCUCAUCAGUGUGUGUAGUUGUAUGUAUGACUGAGGUAGGGCAGCCCUUUUAUUCCUGAUCGUACACUAGAAAUCAACAUUAACACCAGAAGCCGUGUCUUAUAGGUCUACAGGAGGGAAAGAUUGUGGUCUGCAGAAAGAGAGGUUGUAGGUAAGAUAGACAGCCCAGAUCAGCACAGUGAGAUCACACAGUUAUUGUUUAUCUCUAGGGACCAUUAUUACCACUCAUCUGGGUGACUCAUUUUUCAAAAUAAACUGUAUUACAGGUUGUGGGAAAACAUUACUGUUAUUUACAGCACUGAAUCAUUUUCAGAAGGCGCUGGCUUUUAGGUAAUUUUAUAGGUAAACAUUUUAUGUUAUCAGCUACCCUGCAGGCAUUCCAGGGGUUAAUUAGAGUUGGCCAAAAUGUUGAGGUCAGAAUUAAAGUUGUGAAAUAUAUCUGAGUUUUAACUUUUCAAUUCAAGCUGUACAAAUUUUGUAUCGGCCCUCUUCCAUGUUGUUUCAAAACAGCUUCCUGUAUUAAUAAUUAUCUUCCUGUGUAGCCAAGAUAGUGUUCUUACAUGUAGUGUUAAAAAAGUUAAUUCUGACUAAAGUUCUGAAAUGUGCAUUAUUCCAGAAAUACUGAUCUAAUGUAAUUCUUGCUAGGAAAAAAGGCAACACAGGUUCUUAAGUUAGGUUUUUCGCAUUACAAGUUUUAAACUAGAAGCAAAAUUACACUUGGACACAUAUCACACAUUUUUUGCAAGUCAGUAAAAUUUGGUUUGUUUAUCUCUUUUAUAUGGAAUUAACCCUAUGACAUGGAAAGUCCACUACCUGUGAAGUUUCCUAUAAAAACCACCAUGACUUAUGAGGGGAACAGCCUCUCUAGGUGCUGUGAUCAACACACAUGAGUUGCAGUCAUUUUUAAAAAAUCUGGAGGUCUAACUCUGAUUACAUAGCAAAUUCCUCUGUGGUAUCCAAGAGAUUACUCCCUAAGACUCUAAAGGUCUUUCUCAGGUUUUAUUACAGGACAAGUACAUUACAAACCCACUGAAAUCAUACGCAUGCAAAGUGAUGAUUAUACCGUCAUUCAACAGACUCGGCUCGACUCCUGGACAAAAUCUCUACAGCUUUUAAAAUAGUUGUUAUAAUAGUGUUAUUCCCUGAUGUCUCGAUAUCCAUUCAAAAUAAUAAAGGACAGAUAUGUUUUGAUAUAAGCAGUGGAGCUCUGAAGAGCAAUAAAAAAUAAAAUAAUUGAAGAAGAGACUACAAUUCUAGUCACUAUGGUCACUAGGUGUCACUGACGGGCCAAAGAUUGCAACCGGACCUGUAGAGGGACAGAAGAAUUUCUAACAUUGUUUUUUACUCCAGAGCAGAAUAUGCUCUUUAUUUGCUUGACCAUAAAAAUGACAUAUCAUGUUAUCUUCAGACAUCCAUCUGGGAACAACAUGGGAAACAAAGACUGUAUGGAAAACAACAAUAACCUGUAGUUAUUAGUCACCGGUUUUAUGAUUUAAAAAAGAAUUAUCCCUUUACUUUCAAUCACUGCUUAAUUCAAUUCAGAGUUCCACUGAGUUGGACCAAAGCAGGCAGGCAAUACAUCCUGGCAUGACACCAGUCCUAAAAUUUUGGAGCCAGUUGUGGGCUAGAGCAGAAGUUUUUGUAAUUUGACCUGUGACCCUUUUUCUCAGUUUUUUGUUUUGUCUGGAGGAUUGUGUUUCUAAUAUCUUUGCUGUGACUUUUAACCAGCUGUCUCCAAUUUUAUAUGUGUCUAAAAGGAGAAAUCCUUGAGUGAAAAAAUAAGGUGCCCUCUUGAAAAACUGCUUCAAGGUGUUUUCUUUCUAUUCAGAAUAGAGACAAAGUGUUUGGCUGUCAGGACAGGAAUGUUGUUACUGUCUAAAUCGUUAGAUUCCCAGGAUAAAACAGGAAUUAAGAUGCCGAAUUGAUACAGAAGAGCUUUAAUGUCAUUGUGUCCAAUAUUACUGUAGCUGUUUGUAAUUUUCUAGUGAGAUAUCUUUCUUAAUUAAAAAUACAUUAAAUUUAAAGGAAAUGGUAAAA